AUGCAGAACCCUGGCGGCAAUCAUCCUGCUCCAGCCGCAGCAGCGCCGGGCAAGUCCAAGUCGUCUGCGCAGGGUGCGGUAGUGGCCUCGGGCCAUAGCCAUCAGCCCUCCCCAGCCACGCCUGCGGCUGCCAAGUCCAAGUCCUCGGCCACGGCAGGGGCCUCCGGCCACUGUCAUCACUCCUCCCCGUCCAUGCCUGUGGUGGGCAAGCCCAAGCCCUCAGCGCAUGCCUUGGCACCGGGCCAGGCGUCCAUUUCUCACCAACCACACUCCGUCAGCGUUGCUGAUGCAGCUGCAUCGAGCCUUAAGCGCAAGCGUAGCGUCUUCCAGAAAGACCUGCAGCACAUGAUGUAUGGGUUUGGGGACGAUCCAAAUCCACUUCCUGAAACAGUUGCACUUGUGGAGGACAUUGUUGUAGAAUAUGUUACUGACCUCGUCCACAAGGCUGAGAAUGUGGCUUCAAAGAGGGGAAAGCUCUUGACAGAGGAUUUUCUUUACCUUAUCAGAAAGGAUAUGCGGAAAUUGCACCGCUCUACUGAGUUACUCUCCAUGAAUGAAGAGCUCAAGCAAGCAAGGAAAGCAUUUGAUGUGAAUGAAGAAACACUAGUAGUAACUAACGAGUGA